CCCUCCCGGCCUCCCCGCCCCCCUCGCCCCCCUCCCCAUGCAUCUGCUGGCGCUGGGGGUGGUGGCCCUGGCCCUCCUGGGGCCGGCCAGCCGGGCGUCGGGGCCGGAGCAGGAGGUGGUGGUGGUUCCCAUCCGGCUGGACCCGGACAUCAACGGCCGCCAGUACUAUCGGCGGGCCCCGGACGAGGCCGGCGAGCGGGGCCUCACCUUCCAGAUCUCCGCCUUCCAGGAGGACUUCUACCUGCACCUGGCCCCGGACGCCCGGUUCCUGGCGCCCGCCUUCUCCAGCCGGUACCUGGGCGCGGGGCCGGGGGCCGAGCCGGCCCCGACCCCGGCCCCGGCCCCGGCCCCGGCCCCGGCCCGCUGCUUCUACUCCGGGGACGUGAACGCCGAGCGGGACUCGUUCGCCGCCCUGAGCCUGUGCGGGGGGCUGCGCGGGGCCUUCGGCUACGGCGGGGCCCGCUACCUCAUCAGCCCCCUGGGGAACGCCAGCGCGGCCGGCCCGCGGCGCCCCGGCCAGGGCCCGCACCUCCUGCGGCGCCGCGCCGCCCCGGGCCGGCCCCCGGGGGACCCCGCCCCCCGCUGCGGGGUGGCCUCCGCCUGGAACCCCUCCAUCCUAAGGGCCCUGGACCCCUACCGGCCCCCGCGGGCCGCCCGGAGGGCCAAGCGCUUCGCCUCCGUCCCGCGCUUCGUGGAGACGCUGGUGGUGGCCGACGAGUCGAUGGUCAAGUUCCACGGGGCCGACCUGGAGCACUACCUGCUGACGCUGCUGGCCACGGCCGCCAGGCUCUAUCGCCACCCCAGCAUCCGCAACCCCGUCAGCAUCGUCGUCGUCAAGAUGCUGCUCCUCGGGGAGCGCGACAAGGGGCCCAAGGUCACGGGCAACGCGGCGCUGACGCUGCGCAACUUCUGCGCCUGGCAGAAGAAGCUCAACAGGGGGAGCGACAAGCACCCCGAAUACUGGGACACGGCCAUCCUCUUCACCAGGCAGGAUCUGUGUGGCGCCACCACCUGCGACACCCUGGGCAUGGCUGAUGUGGGCACCAUGUGCGACCCCAAGAGGAGCUGUUCGGUAAUUGAGGACGACGGGCUGCCAUCUGCCUUCACCACUGCUCAUGAGCUGGGCCACGUGUUCAACAUGCCCCACGACAACGUGAAGGUAUGUGAAGAGGUGUUUGGGAAGCUGCGGGCCAAUCACAUGAUGUCCCCCACCCUCAUCCAGAUUGAUCGUACCAACCCUUGGUCAGCCUGCAGUGCCGCCAUCAUCACGGACUUCCUGGACAGUGGGCACGGCGACUGCCUCCUGGACCAGCCCAGCAAGCCCAUCUCGCUUCCUGAGGCCGACCUGCCCGGCAGCAGCUACAGCCUGAGCCAGCAGUGCGAGCUGGCCUUUGGCCUGGGCUCUAAGCCCUGCCCCUACAUGCAAUACUGCACCAAGCUGUGGUGUACGGGCAAGGCCAAGGGCCAGAUCGUGUGCCAGACGCGCCACUUUCCCUGGGCGGACGGCACUGGCUGCGGCGAAGGCAGGUUCUGCCUGAAGGGCGCCUGCGUGGAGAGGCAUAGCAUCAGUAAGUACAGGGUGGAUGGCUCCUGGGGGAAGUGGGAGCCCUAUGGGCCAUGCUCCCGGACCUGUGGCGGUGGCGUGCAGCUGGCAAAGAGGGAGUGCGACCACCCGGUCCCCGCCAAUGGGGGCAAAUACUGCGAGGGCAUCCGGGUCAAGUAUCGUUCCUGCAGCCUGGACCCCUGUCCCAAUGCAGUGCUGGGCAAGAGCUUCCGUGAGGAGCAGUGUGAGGCUUUCAACGGCUACAACCACAGCACCAACCGGCUGACGCUCGCCGUGGCCUGGGUGCCCAAGUACUCCGGCGUCUCGCCCCGGGACAAGUGCAAGCUCAUCUGCCGUGCCAAUGGCACGGGCUACUUCUACGUGUUGGCACCCAAGGUGGUGGACGGUACCCCGUGCUCUCCCGACUCCACUUCCAUCUGCGUCCAGGGCAAAUGCAUCAAGGCAGGCUGUGACGGGAAGCUGGGCUCUAAGAAGAAGUUUGAUAAGUGCGGUGUGUGUGGAGGAGACAACAAGACCUGCAAACGGGUCACAGGCCUCUUCACCAAGCCUAUGCACGGCUAUAACUUUGUGGUGGCCAUCCCAGCCGGGGCCUCCAGCAUCGACAUCCGGCAGCGCGGCUACCGAGGGCUGAUCGGCGACGACAACUACCUGGCCCUGCGUAACGGGCAGGGCCAAUACCUGCUCAACGGCCACUUCGUGGUGUCGGCCGUGGAGCGGGACCUGCCCGUCAAGGGCAGUCUGGUACGCUACAGCGGGACGGGCACGGCCGUGGAGAGCCUGCAGGCCUUCCAGCCCAUCCAGGAGCCCCUGACGGUGGAGGUGCUGUCGGUGGGCAACAUGACGCCCCCGCGGCUCCGCUACUCCUUCUACCUGCCCAAGGAGAACCGCGAGACCAAGCCCGCACGACACCCGGACGUCCACGGCCCCCCAGCCCCGGGCCUCUCCAACCGCGUGGAGCAGCCGGACUUCGGGGCGCGGCCCCCGGCCCGCUGGGUGGCGGGCGGCUGGGGCCCCUGCUCGGUCAGCUGCGGGAAAGGGCAGCAGAAGCGACCCGUGAGCUGCCACCCUGCCUCAGGGCUCCCCGGCCCAGCCGCCUGUGCUCUGGAGCAGCGCCCGGCUGAGGCGCGGCCCUGCGGGGAGCCUUGCCCCUCCUGGGAGGUGGGCGCCUGGUCUCCCUGCUCCAAGACCUGCGGCCGCGGCUUCAAGCGGCGGCCGCUACGCUGCCUGGGUCAGGGGGCCCGCCUGCUGCCCCGGGACCGCUGUAAUCCGAGGCAGAAGCCUCAGGAGCUGGACUUCUGCACCCAGAGGCUGUGCUGAAGGGGCUCCUCCCUCCGCCCCGGGAGCGCCCCUGUAUGCUCUCCCACCGGCCGCCAGCCGAAGGGAUAGGCCAUGGGUCGGCUGAGGGCUAGCAGAGACUAAGGACUUUGGAACGGGAGUCAGAACCUCCUCGCCCCAGGUCUUCCUUCAGGGCAGGGGCCCAGCACACUCCGCGUCUACCUCGCACUGCUGCCCGCUCACUCAGUCUGGGCCCAGGAGGCGCCGAGCAGGGGUCUAGGGGAGCAGGAGACCUGGCCACCUGUCUUUGCCACCUGUCCUCGCCUUCAUGGACGCUGGCAGGAGGGGCCUCCCUCUGUGGUGGGCUCUGGGCUUGGAAGGGGCAGUCCUGCCGGUGGCCUUCACUUGUGGGCCGCAUCUGUCUGUGGCAGGGUUUGUUGGUGCUGUCGACUUCUCUGUCGGUGCUGUCCACCUCUCUGUUCCCCCGGGCUCCCUCAGGCAGGGAGGGGUGGCAGAAGGGGAAGGGCUCUGGGCACCAGGCCGUUCCCCAGAGGGGCUGGAGAGGAGCAAUGUGAGGGGCUCAUUUACCUGUGGCACCUUGGGUGGGAGUGGGGCCCAAGGGCCCGAGCCCUGCCUUCUUGCCCCCAUGCCAGCUCUGCCCUAGCCCUCCUCCCGGUCUGUCCUGCUAGCCAGGCCUCAGAUGGAGUCACGUGUUGGAGGAGUACCACCGUGAGCCCCUGCAUAAACCUAGAGUGGGUGGGCCGCUGGGCAUCUUGGCACCCGGGUCCUCCCUGUAUUUGGCUGGCACCACGCUGGGAGACUUGGACGAAUCACUUUGCCUCCCUGUGCCUCAGUUUUCCCCACCUGGGAAGCGGGGCCAUCAGAGCUACCUCAGGUUGUGAUUUCUGCCCCGGUGCUAUGCGGUUGUUCGGUGCUGGCCCCAGGGAUGGGCCCUGUCCCAUGUCACUUGUCCCUGUCACUCAUUCUCAGGCCCCAAGGCCCACAUCUGGCUAAAACCUCCGGGGACUGAGCCCAAGAACAGGAUAGACAAGCGAGGGAGUUGGUGGGGGUGAGAUUAUGCCAACCAGAACUGGGUGCUGACCCGAACUGGGCCUCCCUCCCCUACCUCUGGGACUUCCCUCCCUUCUAUCCUGGUGCCGGGAGGGAUGGAGCUCCCUGCCUUACCCCUCGUGGCCUGCCUGGCCCCAUUCCUGCCCCUCCAACCCGGCUGACCAGCAACGGGGGCCACGGAGGAAAUGCAGGGGGCUCUGUUAUCCGUCUUGACCGGAGGAGCAGGGGGAGCUUGGAUCGCGGAAGCUGAGAUGAAACGAGCAAUCUGGUUUCAUCCGGUUGUUGUGUGGCAUUGGUCCCCCUCCCCAUCCCGGUCUGCUGCCGCCGGGACCUUCUAAUGAGUUAACGUUGACAGGAGGGAGAUCCCACCUCCCCUCCUCUUGCAUUUCCUCCUGUCUGCCUAGGAAAUGGCCCCUGGAAAAGCUGGAGCCAAGAAGAGAGGAGAAGAGUAUGGGUAAUCCACAUCAUGAAUAAGGGGGUUGGUGUUGUGUUCUCACCCCUCCUUGCCUAUUUCACAGAGGUGGCCGCGGGCCUCCAGUCGUCUGUUUUAGGCUAUCAGGUUGCUUAUUCCAGGAAGAGGGUUUGAUCAGGCCUGAAAAGACCCCAAAUGGUCAGUCAGUUCUUGGGCUAGUCUUUCGGAGGCAUCCCCCCCAUCCUGCUCCCACCAACCUAAGGUCUCCAAUUGGCCCCUGCACUCACAUGAAAAGCCAACACCUAGGCCUCCACAUACAGAAUGAGUAGAUGCCUGGGUGUGAGUACCCUCGCCUCGCCAUCCCCACCCUCUACUAGCCAGCUGGGUUCUGUUUCCCUUCUACUGAUACGUUGGAGUGGGAGGGAAGUGGGGGUAGAGAAGGGAUGGCGGAGAAGGAGGUGGGGGUCCUGGUGCCCUCACUGACAUCCUGGCACCAAAGUGGUAAUGUGAAGCGGGAAGGGUCCCAGCCUCCGUCUCUCAUUGCCUUUGGGUGAGAGAGAAAUAGUCACAGGGCAUCAGGCCUGGAAGCUAGGGCCUCAGCAAGUUGGCACCUGUCCUGUGAGUUGGCUGGUCAGCCUGCAGACCACAGGAGAUUGGCUACUCCCAAGUUGUAGCACGAGUGGUGCGAUUGUGGUUGGCCUUGCAGGGCUGGGUCAUGCUGGCACCAAGAUGAAUCUGGUUGAGGUCAGAGUCAUCCCUGUGAGCUCAUCUUUCCUGGCCUCUUUGCAAGGUUUCAGUUUGGAUACUGUGGGUCCCAGCAGGGAGGAUCACUCAGGUGGCAUUACCCUGGACCGAUGGGACUACGGCUCCCACCAGGUCAGGGGCAACUGCCUGAGUGCAGUAGGGAUGUCUGAAGUGACCUUUCUCAGAAGGCUUCUUUGGUGCUAGGCACUCCUUUGGUGGUAAGGUGCUAAGGGAGCUGGGCAGAGCCUGGGCUGGGAUGAGCAGAGACCAGGUGGCAGAAUGCCUCCACAAGGCUCUGCAUGGGAGGAGCCUAGGUUGGUUUCCCCAGAGGAACUGGGGAUUGUUUCUGCCAGUCACCUGAACCUUCACUGAGCCAUCUGACCCCAAUUGCCAAGGUCUGAACCCGUAAACCCUUCUUCCCUCAGGGAGGUCUGAAACCACCUGGCGCAGUAAACCGGGGGGGCAGAGAAGGGUGAAGGAGCUUGGACUUCUUCCAGCCCUGGCCCAGCUGAGAAACAAGCUGUCUUCCCCGCCCCCCCGUGUCUUCUUCUCCUCCUGCCGGCCAGACAUCCAGUUGGAAGAGCCUCCGGAAUGCAAGGGCCGCUCUGAGCAAACCCCUUCUUGGGGACCCUGCCCUGCCAGGAGGAGCAGCAGAAGCAUGGGAUGGGCAGACCGGGCAGGGGGAGAAAGUGACGGUAGGGCUUGGGCAUCUGACCUGGCCACAACCUCUCAGAGAAGACACUUUUCCAGCAAGCAAUUUCUAGCAGGACCCUGACUUCCAUGUCUAUUGUCCUGAGUGAAUCUUUCAUUUUCUAUUCAAAAAUACGGCACCCAGAAUUCCCGACAGGAUAAGUGUGGGCCCACCGACCCUGUGUUCACUCUACUGCGCUCCUCCGUGGAUAGGGUGGAAUGGAGAGGUCCCCAGCGUGUCCUAGGGAAAACCAAACAGGAAAAGGAGCCCUCGGGGGCUGUGAAAAUUCAGCAUGCUCUCAUGUGGGGUGUGGACAGGGAGGGAAAGGGUCUUGACCUCUGAUCCCCCUGUCCUGUGACUGCACUGAUGGUGACAUUUGGGCCCAGGAACAUCUCCCUCCCCACACCCAACUUGAACCGACGGAGCUUAGGCCUUGGGGCCUGGCUGAUCUCCCUCCUGGUCCCAGAUUCCCAGAGCCACUGGGAAUUGUUGUUGUCACCCGUGGAUUUAUUUUAUUUUGUUUCUGCGGUGUCCUGCACCCUGUGUACUGCAGGAGGACUGUGUACCGACUGUAUGCGUAUACUGUGUAUACAUGGGUGUCAGCUGUCGAUGUGUUGGCAGCCAGCCCCUAAUAAAGUUGUAUUUAAAGCCCUC